UUGGCAUGGUCAUAGGAGAUGGAUCAGAAAGAAACGAAAUAUGACGAGAUUUUCGCUCGAAGCUUCAGUAGACACGACCAGAAAAGAUUCGGGUACACUGCAUUGGUCGUUUGCUUCAUCGUCACAUGUUGUUUAUGCACCGUUUUCAAGCCUUACCUUGCUCCUCUACCUGCUUUGAAUGUUAGGCUAACAAUUGUUGAUGGGCUUAAAUUGGUGAUGGGCACCCACGAAAUGAACAAACCACAACCGCCAUAUAUUGGAAUAAAGGAAACAAAGCUACUAUGCAACACAACAAAACCAAGAUCAGAUACCUGCAUGAUGAAGGGCGAUGUCAGGAUUCAAGGGAAUUCUUCCACAAUUUUCGUGCUUUCUUCGCAUGUGGAAAAUGCUUCAUGGACCAUCAAGCCGUAUGCUCGUAAAGGUGACGAAAAAGCAAUGCAAAGCGUAACCAAUUUCUCGAUAAAAGCAAUCGAAGAACAAGCUGAAACCAUGCCCAAAUGCACCAAAAUGUACAACGAACCAGCCAUUGUUUUCUCGGUUGGUGGGUACGGUGGGAAUAACUUCCAUGCCUUCACAGAUGUCAUCAUCCCUCUCUACGCAACUUCUCGAGAAUUCAAUCGAGAAGUGCGGUUUCUCGUGGCCAACAAACGUUCUCAAUGGACUACCAAAUUCCAAAAAGUGUUGGACAAACUAUCAAGGUAUGAGAACAUUGAUAUUGAUAACGACAACCAAGUGCAUUGCUUCCCAAGUAUGAUCGUAGGUCUUAAUAAGGAAGAUCGGCAAGAGCUACACACCGAUUCAAUGAAUGAUUUCAUACGGUUCUUGAGAAGUUCCUACUCAUUGGAGCGAUCGACCACCAUAAAAUUAACCAACAGCUCGAUCAAAAGACCCCGUCUUCUAAUAGUUUCAAGACAAAAGACCCGAGCUUUUAUGAACCUGAAAGACGUGGUUGGUGCAGCUCAAGAGAUGGGAUUCGAGGUGAUUGUGACCGAAAUGAAUGCGAAUAUGACUCAGGUUUCAAGACUUGUGAACUCAUGUGAUGUGAUGAUGGGGGUUCAUGGUGCAGGGCUAACCAACAUGGUGUUUCUGCCUGAAAAUGGCGUGGUGAUACAGGUGGUUCCAUGCGGAAAGAUGGAGUGGUUAGCAAACACUGAUUUUGGAGAGCCUUCAAAGGCAAUGGGGUUGAAGUAUUUGGAGUAUAAGAUUAGCGAAGAGGAGAGCACAUUGAUAGACCAAUACCCACAUAACCAUCAAGUGUUCAGGGAUCCAGGUUCAAUUCAAAGGAAAGGAUGGGGUGCUUUUAGAUCGAUUUAUUUAGAUAAGCAAAAUGUAAAGCUUGAUGUGGCCAAGUUCAAAGAGACAUUGUCAAAAGCCCUUGAACUUCUUCACUAG